AAUGGCUAAGACUUUCUGCGUGUGCUCUUGUUUCUUCACUCACAACGUAUUCUUACAGCGAUACGGGCUACACUGUGUCUUCCUAGACGACGAUCAGUUCGGAGAGGACUACAGAGCGGUGAGCGAGCUCACUGCUGUAGCUAAUGUCAAGCAUUUCGUUUUGUGUUAGCUGCUGAGGGAGAAAGGAUGUGCAUCAGACCAGGAAUACGACGAAGUGCUGAAAGAAGUAAGACCAGAGUGUGGCAAUACUCCUGAUAGUCUCGUGAUAAAACCUUAUUGUGUAUGAUAGUGUCGCUACAAGAGUGUGCAGUGUUAGGUUUUUUCUGCCGAGAGUGGUGCACGUUCAUUGAUAAUCCCUCCAUCUGCUACGCCUACAUAGGUCCACGGUGAAGUGGAGAGAAGGCGGGAGAGCUCUGAAACGAGCAAACUGCGAGUACAGACCAUACAGUUACACUACCAGAGACUCCAUUCACAGAUAUACACCCUCUCUGUGUGUGCAUAGGGUUCACAUGAAACAAGAUAAUACCUCGAUGUUACAUUUUACAGGAACAGUUCUUAGAUGGUCAGUUUCUUGAGAUUGUCAAGUAUUGCAGGAGUGAUACUGCCACACCUGCUGGUCUCCUUGACAUAAUCACUGAGGAGGAAGUGCCAAAUGUGUACUCGUUCCCAGUACUGACUGAACAGUUCUGUGAUCUUCUGUUACAAGAAUUGGAGCAUUUUGACAAGUCGAAGAUGUCCAAAGGAAGACCAAACUCCAUGAACAACUAUGGGAUCCUGCUGUCAGAACUGGGGUUUGACAGAGGUUUCCUGGACCACCUGAGGGAGGACUACCUUACACCGCUGGCCUCCCUCCUCUACCCAGAGUGGGUGGGGCCAUCUGGACUGGACUCACACAGGGCCUUCAGUGUCUCCUACCAACUGGAGGGAGACACCCAGCUUUCCUACCACUUUGACAACGCAGAGGUGACACUCAACGUGUGUCUGGGGACCAGUUUCACUGGAGGAGAACUUAGUUUUGGACCCAUGGCAGGGGAGCCAGGGUCUCUAUGGAAACAGAGAUACACUCACAGACGAGGCCGGGGUCUGCUGCACAGAGGUAGACAGAGACACCAGGCUCACCCCAUCACCAGUGGGAAAAGGGUUAACCUGAUAAUAUGGAUGAGGUCAUCGAGUGUCAGGAACAGACAGUGUCCGAUGUGUGGGGAGGAGCCGUCCCUGGUUACAUGUGACGGCUACGGAGAUGGAUUUACAUCAACGACUAGUGAUCGUGACACUCACAACCUGUGUAGAACCCUGUAAUCAACCUGUGACUACUCUAUGUCAUCAUUACCUCAUCAUACAAUCAUGACCUACAUGUAUAAUGUAAAGAGGUGCAGUUGAUAUCGCAAAAUGAAGUAACCACAAGUGUUCACAUGUGUUUAGGCAUCAGUGCCGUAGGGUAUCACACAGAACACAGGAAGAGAGGAGUGUGGGUGGAGUGUGGCAGGGGAGGUAGGGGACAAUACACAUUGUAUGUAUUACAGUUUACUUCAUCAUAUCAUCAUCACACAGUCACGCGGUAUAUAUAUACUCACUA